CGCCGCAUCGGCAUCAGUAACACCCCAGCCCGAGCGCUGCCUCCACCGAUCCACCAUCCUGGACAAAAAUCUUAUUUUGAACAAGAGAAACAAAUAAUCGUCACAACAAGAAGAAGAGGCUUGCAACAUGAAAGUUGUUCUUGUGCCGUCUGCGUUCAGAGAUUAACCGUUGCUCAUUUAAAUGCGGUCGUCUUGCUGUCAUUUUCCUGAAACAGACGACGGCGCAAACAAGAUGCGGGAAUCAAGAAGCGAUAUCUGAAGGUGACAUGAACCACGGGACAAUCUGGACCAGCGGGUGCACUUUACAGAACAACUACAGAUAACAACCGAAGACCGAAGUUUAAAAGUCCGCUUUUAUUCAGCUUUAGUCUUGCGUUCGCACGCCCCCUGUUUCAAUUAACAGUAUCCCUUCUUUGCGUUCACACAACAACAAAAAAACCUUUCUAUUGUGAAGCAACCAUGGCCACCUUAAUCCGAAAUAAGAUUUCCAACGCAGCGACGUCUGUGUCCAACAAGUCUCAGGCGAAGGUCAGUGGCAUGUUCGCUAAAAUGGGGUUCCAGGCCGCGACGGACGAGGAGGGCUUGGGCUUCGUCGCCUGUGACGAUCUGGAUUACGAGUACAGACAGGGGAUGCAGAUGGACAUCCUCAGUACCGACGGGGCCGGCGGAGAGGGGAGCGGGGAAGGCGGGGAAGGCGGGGGGGACGGCACGGUGGAAGGAGACAGCCACUACCAGAGAGACGGCACAGGUCCCCCGCCCUCCUCUUCCAAAGACGGCGGAGUGUGCGCAGAGCUGGCCGCGCAGGACAAGCCCAAAAUCACCGCGUGGGAAGCGGGCUGGAACGUCACCAACGCCAUCCAGGGCAUGUUCGUGCUCGGGCUCCCGUACGCCAUCCUGCACGGCGGGUACCUGGGGCUCUUCCUCAUCAUCUUCGCGGCGGUGGUGUGCUGCUACACGGGCAAGAUCCUGAUCGCCUGCCUGUACGAGGAGAACGAGGACGGGCAGCUGGUGCGCGUGCGUGACUCGUACGUGGACAUCGCCAACGCCUGCUGUGCCCCCCGCUUCCCCGCGCUGGGCGGCCACGUGGUCAACAUCGCCCAGAUCAUCGAGCUGGUGAUGACCUGCAUCCUGUACGUGGUGGUGAGCGGGAACCUCAUGUACAACAGCUUCCCCAGCCUGCCCGUGUCGCAGAAGGCCUGGUCCAUCAUCGCCACCGCCGCGCUGCUGCCCUGCGCCUUCCUGAAGAACCUGAAGUCCGUGUCCAAGUUCAGCCUGCUCUGCACGCUCGCCCACUUCGUCAUCAACGUCCUGGUCAUCGCCUACUGCCUGUCGCGGGCACGCGACUGGGCCUGGGACAAGGUCAAGUUCUACAUCGACGUCAAGAAGUUCCCCAUCUCCAUCGGCAUCAUCGUGUUCAGCUACACCUCGCAGAUCUUCCUGCCCUCGCUGGAGGGCAACAUGCAGAAGCCCGCGGAGUUCCACUGCAUGAUGAACUGGACCCACAUCGCCGCCUGCAUCCUGAAGGGCCUGUUCGCCCUGGUGGCCUACCUCACCUGGGCCGACACCACCAAGGAGGUGAUCACGGACAACCUGCCGUCCACCAUCCGCGCCGUGGUCAACCUCUUCCUGGUGGCCAAGGCUCUGCUCUCCUACCCCCUGCCCUUCUUCGCCGCCGUGGAGGUCCUGGAGAAGUCCCUGUUCCAGGAGGGGGGCCGCGUGUCGCUGCCGGACUGCUACGGGGGCGACGGCAGGCUGAAGUCCUGGGGCCUGAGCCUGCGCUGCGCCCUGGUGGUGUUCACGCUGCUCAUGGCCAUCUACGUGCCGCACUUCGCCCUGCUGAUGGGCCUGACGGGCAGCCUGACCGGCGCCGGGCUCUGCUUCCUGCUGCCCAGCCUCUUCCACCUCAAGCUGCUCUGGAGGAAGCUCCUGUGGCACCAGGUGUUCUUCGACGUCUCCAUCUUCGUGAUCGGCGGCAUCUGCAGCAUUUCCGGCUUCAUCCACUCCACGGAGGGGCUCAUCGAGGCCUACAAAUACAACAUUCACGACUGACGAGCGCGGGCGAAGAACGAAGCGCGUGGGCCAAAACCGUCCGCGCACGUCGCUACCGCGGCGCUGCUCAGUUGUUCUAGAGCUGCGCGCGCACAAACAACACAGGCGCACCUCACAGACGAACUUAAAAAAAAAAAAAAAAAAAAAAGAAGAAGAAGAAAAAAAAGACAGAGAAUCUAUAGCGUCUACACCCACACCAGGAGCGACCUGCGCAAUGCGAAACAAUAUAAAUAUGAACAAGGGUUCACGUGCAUAUUUUACUGUGGAGUGAACGUUUACCAGUCCAGUCAACCGAACAAAACAAAAAAAGGCAACCGUAUAAUUAGUCUAUAUGUGACUGAAUAUCUGAAUUCGUUUUUUUCUUUCUUUUUUACAUAUAAUUCCAAUAUAUGACAUCGUGGCGUGGUGGUUGGGAAUAAAACAGAACGUUUGUAUACAUAACAUAGUAAAUGCUCAGUGUUCAGACUACACAUGGUCUCAGUUGCAUUGGCACUGGAUAUUUUAGCGUGAUAACCUAAAUUUCAGAGUUAUUGUCUUAAAUACAGCAACUUGCAAUAUUUUAAUAAUCAUAUCAAAGGCACAAUAAUGGUCAGUAUCUUCAGCGUUCAAAAAGAUACUGCCGCAAAUCUAAGGCUGCUGUUUAUAGUAAGGUAAUUUAUUUUAAAUAAAUACAUAUUUUAGACGGAUUGUAAAUAGGAAUAAAGACGUUAAGAGGUUAUGUAACGCACAUCUGAAUUCUCAGCUUCGGGCAGAAAAUACCGCCAAGCGAAAUGAGCGAGCGGCUCUUCAUGCAAAUACCCGGUUCUGUAAAAUAUAAUUAGGAAGGGUUGCAUACAGAACUUCAUGGGGCGGAACUGCGCGAUGACAAAUUAGUGCAGUCGCGUGCCGUCCCUCCCCAGCAUUAAAAAUAAAAAAGAACAUCGAAGCGACUCGAAAUCGAAUCUAAAAUCAACACAAUAGAAAGCAUGAACAUAGACUAGAUAAGUGAAACAAACACUAAAGCUUACUUUAUGACGAGGAAACGAUACUGCGACCAAAUUAACCCGCUAAUAAACAAAGGGUCCAUUCUGCUGACAUUCGGUCUGCCAAACAGCACAGAAAGCCACCCAGCCCCCGAGAAUUGAAGGCCCCCUAAACCGCAUUUGUGAGAAAAACAUGUUAUGACGACAUUAAAACUGACGCGACUAUCCUCUCCGGUUACUUAUCGCUUAUUCACAUAGUUUAUUAUUUUUUUUAAAUCACCUCCUCCGCUCAGCGAGGAAAACAACAACAGUCCUUUGUGGUUUGGCAUCCUUAUGUCCGACUUUUACGUUCAGAAUAGUGUUUUUAUAUGAAUAAAAAAUAAAGAAACGUGCAUCCAUCUCAUUCUGUGCAAUCCACGGGUGCUGUUGAAAUGUUAUGAAACCGUGUGUGUAGUGUUAUUGUGCUUUCAAAAAGAUGGAAUGUGUGUCACAAAUUAUCUCUCGUGAAAAUACAUAUAUUGAAGAAUAAAGAAAUACGUGAAAUAC